AUAUAUAAACCUGGGGUAGCCGUCCAAUUCCUGCUUCUUGAAUGAAUAGAUGUAGACCAGAAGAAGAAAAAAAACGUCAAACCGAGCACGUCAUAUCAGCCUAAUUGUUGUCCAUCAUGUCUACCAUCAAAACCUCCGUGAUCCUCGAGGCGGGGCCGAAUACUGACAUCUGGAAGAAGCCGCCCACGACGAACAUCUGGACAGCUCCCAUAUCGCACACGUCGUCAGGGCUCCUGAAGGACUUCCAAUCCGCCCGCGUCACCUUCUGGGCGGACUGGCAGGAGCGGUACGACCAAGGCGGCCUCCUGCUAGUGCCGAAGCGGCGGUCCGCAGCGCACGUCUCGCCGCCGGAGCGGUGGAUCAAGACGGGCGUCGAGUACUACCUGGGCGAGCCGCAGCUCAGCACGGUGAGCACGGACCGGUUCGCGGACUGGAGCGUCGCGCGCCUGACGCUCGGGGAGAACGAGCGCGCGCCCGCGGAGGCAGGCGGCGUCACCGUCGAGAUCGCGCGCGAGGCCGACGAGCACGGCAAGAGCCUGUGGGUGUACCGGCUGGUGCUGGACGCGAGCGGCGCCGUCGCCGAGAGGAUCCCCCUGCGGGAGAUCUGCUGGGUGCUCGCGGACGAGGACGAGGCCGGUGGCGAGGAGUGGCUCCUGGACGUCAGCCCGCUGGUGGCUCGGCCGGAGAAAAACGCGACCGACUCGCUCAAGGUCGACUUUAAGACUUUCGAGGUCCAGUGGCGGUCUUGAGGAGAUGGGGAAUGAUGAUGUUCAUAGGGACCUACGAAAGGUAUAUACCUACCUACAUAGGUAGGUAUCUGCUAAAGCGAGAUCAGAUCGACAGUUUGCCUCCUUUAGUCUAAUUACGGCCCGUAUUCGGGGGGAAUGUCGGGGAUGACUACUCCUUAAGAGAGUUUUUGCAGGCCGAAUAUAGAGCCACUCCGGCCACUCCAGUCAAACUUAAGCAAGCCUCAAUGGACCGUGGCACGUUGCCGUAGUGACUAGGUAGCUUGCAGCUCUUGUGAUGUCCCAAACACCUGGAGCUGGAUUUUAGGAACUUUGAUAGGAAAAUUCUUGUCGAGAUAGUAAGUAGAGCGAGUGGAUGUUACAUUGAUGGAUGCUACAUUGAUUGACAGUGCCUCUAUUAUUGGCAGACUUGAUUGGGAUAGGUAGCUGCCGAAGAUCGCCACAUUUGUACCUAAUGUAAGGGUAGGGAUUCUAGAUAGAUGCAGGCUAGGUUAGGUACCUACCUCACAUAAAA